ACGUAGAGCUACGCCGACUAGUCACGCCCACAAGCGGCUUUCUGAUGCGUCACUGCGCAUACGUGUAGUCGUUACUCCAGUCUCGCGUGAUGUGAGUUUUGGCGGUGGGAUUUUCUGUUAGACACUAGACAGGAGGAAGCGGCUUGCAGUUUACAGUUUUUCAUGAGAUCCCUACACAGCUCAGCCAGUGCCUUGUCACCCAUAUAAAGACUUCCUAUUCCUAUCCUUUAUCUGCAAUAGAAUCCACAAUGGAGGAUACAGAGUUUGCUGAAGCCCGGUGUGUAUUUCGUGGGCUGGAACAUGCGGUGCGAGUCCGUGUCACUGGUGAUCGCCUAGAAGUAGAAGUGGAGGAUGCUGUGACCACAGAACAAUGGAGAGGAGAAUUUGAUGCUCAAUUUAUAGAGGACCUCACACAUAAGACUGGAAAUUUCAAACAGUUUUCCAUCUUCUGCAACAUGCUACAUUCUGCUCUUACUCAGAGCAGUGAGUCUGUGACACUGGACCUUUUGACUUAUGCAGAUCUGGAAUUGCUUCGGCAUAGGAAAGCGGGAGGGGCUUCUCGUCAAGCCCCACCCCCUAAAAGUUCUGCGCUCAGCUCCAAGCGUUACCUGAUACUUAUCUACUCCGUUGAGUUUGAUAGGAUACACUACCCUCUACCGCUGCCAUAUGUUGGAAAGCCAGACCCUGUUUAUCUGCGUCAAGUAAUUCGAGAAUUAAAGGAGGAGCUAGCAGCUCUUAGGGUGUCUACUGGAGAUGGGUCCAGGGAAAGUGAAGUUCGGCGAUUGCGAGAAGAGCUCCUGCGGGUGGUGGAUGAAAAGCGUGAGGCAGAAAUUGCUUUAGAGAGAUUACAAGAUGUAGAGAUUCCCAGCAGCAAAGAGGCAAGUCACGUACGGAUCUUGAAAAGGGCAGUUGAGACUUUGGAAGCAGAAUUACAGAAAGAGCGAAUUCGGAGUCAACGAGCUGCUACAAAGAGGCGUGAGGAAUGCAGACAACUACAAGAACAGCUCGAUGAAGCUCGGGCUUCGGAACGCACACUGCGGCUGAAGGUGAAAAGUCUGAGUAAUGAAUUAGCAAUGUACAAGCGAGGGCGUGUUACUCCAACUGGGCCCUCCCCACAGAACCGAGCAGGAUCUGUUGGCCUGGCACCCACACACCGCAGUGGAUCACGAGGUGAAGCGGGGACAAGGAGGGAAAGGUCUACAUCAAGAGAAAGAAGUGGACGAAGUUCUUGUGAGAGGAGAAGCUUAACUAGGCAGCCAAGGUUAUCCCCAUCACCUGUUGGUCUCCGGCCCCCACGAUUUGAUCCUACAGCUUAUGUCAAAGACCGGGAGCGUAGGCAGAAGGACGUUGAACUAAAAAAGGGUAGGAGAGUUUCAGCAUCCCCAUCAAGUAUUAGAGGCCAGAGACGCAGUUCAUCCGUUGAAAGUCUUGGAAGUCAUCGGUCUUAUCAAAGCUCAGUGGAUGACACCGAGGACACCGAACCACUAGCCAGCGGUAAUGGCAAGAGGUUUACAACACGAGGGAGAAAGCCUUUUGCUCCAUCCACCUGGAACAGCCACAAUAAUGGGACAAGGAACAGAUCUUCAGGAAGAAAAAGGCUUUCCAGUACCCCAACAUAUGACAGGAAAACUGACCGGAAAAGUGAGAAAGAAAAUCGUUUUAACCCAGUUUCUGAUCUCUCGGAUAUUGAUGCCCGACUGCUGGCACUCCAAGAUUACAUGAAGAAUCUGGAUACUCUGACUUAAGUGGUUGCACUGAAAUGGACAAAAUAACAUUCCUAUGCCAUAUUGCAUUGUUGGAAUCUUUUAGGACGCAGUUAUUCGUUUCCCUUCUAAUUAAUCUUGCUUCACUUAGUUUUUUAUUAUAUAGAUCAGAAUGAGAGAGGCUGACAUUUAUCAUUGUCUAAUACCUGACCACUCUGUAAUCUGACAGAUCCAUCUGCCAUUUCUCACACUUCACCCCGUAAAGCCUCA